CCACAUUCCUCCUCAAUCGCCAUGUCGUCCAGAGAGCCUAUGUGGUACUGCCAUGAGUGCCAUGCAGAGAUGAGGCCGCUGAUGGUCCCAGACCCGCAUUGCGCCUCCUGUAACGGAACAUUUGUGGAGAAGAUAGAGAACCCCGCGGAUGAUCCCCGAGGGUUCCGAGUUGCCGAUGGUGGUCAAUGGGACAAUGGCGCGCUCCCAGGAGAUAUGGAUGCUUUCCUGACCGGACUACGGCGCAUACUACGUCCGCCGCAACCCCCGACAGCAUCAGCGAGCUCGAAUUCCCGCUCUAGGUCCCCAACGGCUCGCCGGUCGUCCAGUGAUAGCUACAGACAAGCUGGAAGCUCAGAUACACGCACCACGGGCCGUACCAGCCCGUUUACCUUGCGGAUAGAGCGCACAAACGCGCCAGGAGGCCGGACCCGCACGUUUGUUCUGGGAGGCCAGCCUACCGCAGCGGGAGACGAACUUCCCCGAUUGUCACAGUUCGCGCCGCCCCGCAAUUUGGACGGAACCGCGCAGGAUCGUCCUAACAUAACGGGACCCAUGUUGGCUCAGUAUCUGCUUGCGCUCAUGGGCCCUGGUCGUGGCGGUGAUCCGUUCUCUGACAUGCUGGGUGGCAUGUUUGGACCUGCCGGUAUGCCUCCUGGUGGUGCAGAAUCAGGAAGAUGGGGCGACUACGUCUUCAAUCAAGAAGCCCUCGAUCAGAUCAUCUCCCAGAUUAUGGAGAACUCGAACGCUCACCAGCCAGUCCCGGCUACGGAAGACGCGCUAGAGAAGUUGCCCAGGGAGGUUCUUGAGGAAGGAUCGCCUCUGCUCGAGAAGGACUGUGCGGUUUGCAAGGACCAGUUCUCCCUCCAGAGCGAAGACCCGGAUGAACUCGUCGUCGUUACCCUUCCCUGUAAACAUCCUUUUCACGAGACCUGCAUCAUGCCGUGGCUCAAGAAUAGCGGAACCUGCCCCGUGUGCCGAUACCAGCUCGUCCCCCAGCCCGACCCACAUUCUGGACCCGGCGCGCCGCAAGCCGGCUCAAGUGGGCCCAGUACCUCCUCGAGCUCGCGGAGCGGUAGUGGCGACAAUAGCGGGGCCGGUGCCGGCCCCGCUGGGAGUGGUCUGCUGCAGAACGUCUUCAACUUCUUCUCCAACCAUGCGCAGCAGGGUACUAGCACAAGUGGCCCAAGCCCAAGUAGCACGCAGAGCGGUACCGCUUCCGCAGCCCCGCCGUCGGCCUCUGCAGCGCCUAGCGCUGGAAGCAGCGGCAGCUCCGGGUCGCGAAGCACGCCCCCGUCGCGCCGUAACACCGACGAUCACUUGGAUUUGCCUGGAGGCUGGGGAGACGAGAUCGACUAAUGUCACAUGCAGUGGGUAAUCUGUGUUCUCGACCGUAGAGGGUCUGGUCUGUAGCAUCAUGCAUGUAUGUAUACUUGAGUGGACGCUGUUUCCGUAUCGCGUCCAGGUUGGAGGAUGUAUUUCUGGAUUCGAAUCCUACUUACAUGUGUUUUGGGUCCCGUUCUGGUGCACACGCAGGCUCAAACA